UGGCAGCAGACUUCCAAGUCUUCAGGGUUGUCCAGCAGCUUGCAGCCUGCGGGUGCCAAAGCUGAUGCCCUCAGGGAAGAAAUGGAGGAGGCUGCCAACAGAGUGGAGAUUUGCAGGGACCAGCUGUCAGCUGACAUGUACAGUUUUGUGGCCAAAGAAAUCGACUAUGCAAACUACUUCCAAACGCUCAUAGAAGUGCAAGCUGAGUACCACAGGAAGUCGCUGGCGCUCUUACAGGCCGUGCUGCCGCAGAUAAAAGCACAGCAGGAGGCCUGGGUGGAGAAGCCGUCCUUCGGGAAGCCCCUGGAGGAGCACCUCACCAUCAGCGGCCGGGAGAUCGCCUUCCCCAUCGAGGCCUGCGUCACGAUGCUGCUAGAGUGCGGGAUGCAGGAGGAGGGACUCUUCCGAGUGGCUCCAUCCGCCUCCAAAUUGAAGAAGCUGAAAGCUGCCCUGGACUGCUGUGUGGUGGACGUGCAGGAGUACUCAGCAGACCCACACGCGAUCGCAGGAGCUUUGAAAUCUUACCUCCGAGAGUUGCCAGAACCUCUUAUGACCUUUGAACUCUAUGACGAGUGGAUUCAGGCUUCCAACAUCCAGGAGCAAGAAAAGAGGCUUCAGGCUCUGUGGAAUGCUUGUGAAAAAUUGCCCAAGGCCAAUCACAGCAACAUCCGAUACUUGAUCAAAUUUUUAUCGAAGCUGUCAGAAUAUCAAGAUGUAAACAAGAUGACUCCCAGUAACAUAGCAAUUGUGUUAGGACCCAACCUCCUGUGGCCACAAGCGGAGGGGAACAUCACGGAGAUGAUGACCACGGUUUCGCUGCAGAUUGUCGGGAUCAUCGAACCCAUCAUCCAGCAUGCGGACUGGUUCUUCCCCGGGGAGAUAGAGUUCAACAUCACGGGGAAUUACGGGAGUCCGGUCCACGUGAACCACAACGCCAACUACAGCUCAAUGCCCUCCCCAGACAUGGACCCCGCCGACCGGCGCCAGCCCGAGCAGGCUCGCCGGCCCCUCAGCGUUGCCACGGAUAACAUGAUGCUGGAGUUUUACAAAAAGGAUGGCAUGGGCGUGAGGGUGAUGGACACGUCCUGGGUGGCGCGAAGAGGCUCGUCGUCGGCAGGCCGGAAAGGGUCGUGCGCCCCACCCUCCACGCAGCCCCCCGCCCCUCCCGAGGAGCUGGCAGCGCCUCUGCCCUCACCCCUUCUGGAGCAGCCCCCAGAGGACCCCGUGGUGCCCUCGCUUUCUCCAUCCGGCCUGGGCCUCCAGCCUGGGGCCGAGCGGACCAGCGCUUCUAGAAGCAAGGAGCUUUCUCCAGGAUCUGGGCAGAAGGGAAGUCCGGGUUCCAGCCAGGGGGCACCCUGUGCCGGAACGCCAGCAGGCACCAGCCCCGGCCCGCAGCCGGCUGACCAGAGCCCUCACACUCUCCGGAAAGUUUCCAAGAAGCUGGCACCGAUUCCACCCAAGGUACCCUUCGGCCAGCCAGGCGCUAUGUCAGAGCUGCCCACUGGCCAGCCGUCCCCACUCAGCCUGUCACCUACGCCCCCGAGCACCCCGUCACCCUACGGACUCAGUUACCCGCAAGGGUACCCCUUGGCCUCGGGCCAGCUCUCCCCGGCGGCAGUGCCCCCUCUGGCUUCUCCUUCCAGCUUCGCCAGCACUUUAACCAAAUCGCGGCCCACCCCGAAGCCCCGGCAGAGACCCACGCUGCCGCCCCCGCAGCCGCCCACGGCGAGCCUCUCCGCCUCCAGCCCGCAGUCCACGGAGCACCCCGUGCUCGACGGCAUGGCCCCCGGGGAAAGCAUGUCCACAGAUCUCGCUCACUUCGACGUCCCCUCCAUCCACGUGGAGCUCGGGCCGGCACUCCGCCUGAGUCCCCUGGAGCACAAGCUGCGGCCCUCGGUGACUGAGAAGAGGGACUCGGAGGAGGACUCAGAGAGCACCGCCCUUUGACACGCGUGUACAUACGUGGGCCCAGACCAGCAUACGGCAGGGCGCCCUGGGCCCAAGUUCCCCGUGGCUCUCGCUGUCACUGCCGCGCAUGGCCGGAGCUCUGCAGAGAGCAGUCACCCCUGGCCUGAGUGGCAAACAUUGGUGGUGCAGAUUUUGUUCGUUCCCCUCGGGUGGUGACGUGGGCCUUUUGUUUGAUCUUUGCCUUUGACUUUGUGCCUAUUUGACCUACUUUCAGCCUCCAUGCCAAGCAGCAGCCCUCUCCACCAAGGGCUCCUGGCAGUCCUCUGCAGGGGGGUGGGGGAGGGCCAGGUGCUGGGUGAGACCUGGGCUGCGCCUGUACUGACAGCACGAGUUCUAGGUGUCAGCUGACGGGUGUCGGCUG